GUUGCUCUCGCAGCAUCGUUUCCCCUUAGCUGGCAUUUGUCCUUGCUGGCUGUGCCUGUCAGCCAAGCGGUGGGUCCCCUCAUGGGACUGCCACGUCAAGCCACAGUCGAUCUCCACAAGGCGCUGGGCUGGAGAACGGCCUUCUGGGGCGCCAUCCAUGCUGGCGGGGAGCUCGUGUACCUCCUGAGUAAAGAAGGCGUCCAGGUUUUCGUUCGAAUCUCUGGAGACAAGGGCGAGAAUCUUCUGUACCUGCUCGGGCUCCUUACAGCGCUCCUUCUGCUGUUGCACACGGUGGUGGCCUUCUUCCGUAAACACCCACGCAUCACCGCGCACUUUCGGAGCGCCCACCGCGUCACAGCUUUGUUGGUGCUACUUGGUGCCACAGCUCACUGGUGGCCUUUCGCCCUUUUCCUGCUCCCCUCAGCCGCUGCCUACGGCGCCCAGGGCGCACUGAGCCUGGCGUGUCGCUUUGGGCGCAAGGCUUCGAAGCGAAGG